AUCUAGGUCUAGGUUUUAAGAAAAUCUUUGUUUUGAUCAGCUGCGAAGAAAGUCAGCUAUGUUUACUGUUUAAGACUUAAAGACUUAAACCUAGUUGCAAAUGAAGUAUGGCCUCAGACUCAGAAGAAAUUGAGUACCAAGCCUUGGGAGGUCAUCCUUUAGCAACACAAGAUGAUCCGAGGGGAGUGGAUGAGGAGGAGGAUGACAGUGAAAUAAGUUUGCAUGAAGAGCAGGGAUUUCUAGUUCACAUGAGCCCUGAAGCUAAUAAAACUCAGUGGAAUCAUGUUGAUGAUCUUGACAAGUUUUUUACUAGUGUUUAUGAGUACCAUCAACGACAUGGUUUUCAAAAUAUGGUACUGACUGAAAUACUGCAAGUAGUGCAAUUUAUUUUUGUUGUGCUCUUCAUGACAUAUUUGAGCUGGUGUGUCAAUUACCCCGAGCUAUUUGAUGAAAUUCCUCAUAAUUCAACAAGCAAAAAGACAUUUUCUGACAUCACAUAUACCUCUGGAGUAUGCAUUGCAAGAUUCACUUUUAUAACUUGGCUACUGUUGUUCCUCUGUCUCCUGUUUCUUAUUGGAAGAGCCAUUAAGAUUGCUUUCAACUUCAGUAAUUACAUAAGGACUAGGAAUUUCUUUAUAAGUGCUCUCAACAUAGAAACACAUGACCUGAGCAACAUGACCUGGCAUGAAGUUCAGCUGAGAUUGCUGGAGGUCCAGAAAGAACAACAAAUUUGUAUCCACAAACAAGAACUCACACAGCUAGAUAUCUACCACAGAAUUCUACGCUUCAAGAAUUAUCUGGUAGCCAUGGUGAAUAAAGAUUUAUUGCCAUUGAAAUUUCGACUGCCAUUUAUUGGACAGCAUGCUAUACUGACUCAUGGGAUGAGAUUUAACCUUGAUGUGUUGCUCUACUGGAGCCCGUGGUCAGUUUUUAUCAACAGUUACACAAUGCGAGAAGAGUACAAGAGUCAACAGAAGAGAAAACUGUUGGCUGACAGACUUUCAACCCAUAUAAGUGUUUUGGCUCUACUAAACCUGGUGUUGUGCCCCUUCAUAUUUUUUUACCAAAUUAUUUACUUCUUUUUUCGCUAUGCAGAGUUUGUGAAGCGCUCACCAAGUUUUCUAGGAUCAAGACAGUGGGCAAAUUAUGGGAGACUGUAUCUCAGACACUUUAAUGAGCUAGAUCAUGAACUUAAUGCCAGAUUAAACAGAGCCUAUGUUCCUUCUAAAAUGUACAUGAAUAGCUUUACAUCAGCCUCAAUAACCAUUCUGGCCAAGUAUGUUGCUUUUUUUGCUGGUGCCCCUGCUGCUGUACUCUUUGUGUUAGGAAUCUUAGAUUUUAACGAUGUCACUAAGGUGGAACACUUAUUUACUGUGGCCUCUGUGUGUGGAAUGGUGGCCACAAUAUGCUCUUCACUUAUUCCUGAUGAAAAUGAAGUUUUCUGCCCUGAACGUUUGAUGAUGAGCAUCCUGGCCCAGAUCCAUUACAUGCCUGACCACUGGAAGGGCCGUGCUCAUACUUCUUUUGUCAGAGAUGAAUUUGCUAUGAUGUUUCAAUACAAACUGGUUUACAUAAUUGAAGAGCUGUUAAGCCCCUUGUUUACCCCAUUCUGGUUAUUCUUCUUCCUGCGUGCCAAGUCUGCCCAUAUUGUGGACUUCUUUAGAUGUUUCACAGUGGAGGUUGCAGGUGUGGGUGACGUCUGCUCGUUUGCACAAAUGGAUAUUAAAAAACAUGGGAACCCGCUGUGGACAAAAACAAGACCUGCAAAUGAAGCAACUCACAAGUCUAUGCAGGCUGAAAAUGGAAAAAUUGAGCUGUCACUAAUGCAUUUCACUACCACAAACCCAGAGUGGAAGCCACCACAAGAGAGCAAUCUUUUUGUCACUGGUAUCAAGCAUGAAGUUCAUAAAGAGUUGCCUGCCUUGACAAGCAUAAUAGCCGACCCAAUCAGCCUUCCCAGUCUUGGAUAUGUCAACCCAGUUGCCCCAAUACUGAAUAUGGGGUUAAGCACUCAUCGGAGUUCAACAUAUCAACUUGACCACACCAGCACAAUGAGUCGAUCAACCGGUCAGACUGCCAAACUCCGAGGAGGACUCUCAAAUUGUGAUGGUCCUGUCAAUUCAGGAACCAACCUGUCCAGCCUAACUACCUCUGAUUCUUUUCACUCUGGGUCCUUCGCCAUGGGGUUGGAUGAGGGCCAACGUGAGCUUCUCUCUGGAAAUAUGAGCCUGAGUGUUCUUCACAUCCAUGAAACACACCAUCGACAGCGCCAUGGCAGGUCAUCUCACCUUCCCACUGAAGCCUCAGCUGUACACCCUGACUUGCAGCUCUCUAGCAGCUUGCAGUUUUCAAAAACUCAGAGAGCACCUCACUCAAACUUUGGGUACAGCUCUAACACAGCGGGGCUUUCAAAUCAAGUCUCCUCACCAUUACAACCUGGUCAAAACACACAGGAUGGAUUUUUAUUUUCUAGGACUGCGCCACAGUCUGCAGCCAGUGUCAGUUGUGAUAUGAUUGACAACCUGACCUUUGAGGCUUCUUUCUCCCACCCACAAGACACUUAUAAUGAUGACAACUACCCCACGUCAGAAUUCUCCAGUUUGCCGCCCUUAUCUCUACCACAGUUGCCAUAUGGGCGCCCUGCUAGUUUAAUUACCAGACCAGCAUCUGGACAAACUCACAGCAGUAGCAUGGCAUCCCGCAUUCCCUCUGAUCACAUGCCAGAGAUUAAAGAAGACAGUGUUGAGCAUGAAAUUGACACAUCCAUAUCCCCCAAAUAAAGAUGACUGAUUUUUUACUUAAUAAUUUUUGGUGACCAUCAUGUAUGAUCAAACAUACACAAAAUGAACCACAAAUUUAAAAUAAACCAAUUUAAAAAAUAAGAGAUAAAUUUAACUUAAAGUUAAUACAAACAUUAACAAUGUAAAUAAUCAUAAGAAUCAUCACUGUGAAAAAAUAUCUUGAGUUAUACAAUUUAUAAAUAUUUUUGCUGGUGAAAUUUUUUAAUAUUUAUGUCCAUAACUAUUGAAAUUGAAACCUGAGUAUCUCUCAUUUAUGAAAAAACUUAUAGAUGCAAUUAUACUUUUUAAAAAUACAUUUUCUGUUAUCAGCUUAUUCAAUAAUAAUAUUCAAUAAUAUUUGCAAUUUUAAAUUCUGAACAUUCACUUUUAAAAUUGUAUGUUUAAUAACUACAGUAAUCUUCCAAUUUGCACCUUUUAGUCCUAUUACUUAUGUAGUGACAUAUUAAUUAAUUAGUUCAAUAUCACAUCCUUAGUGCCAAGUUUUAAGUUAAACAUGUCUUUCGCCCUAAUACUUUGUGAAUACACUCAAAAAUAUAAUUAACUGGAUGCAUAAUAAAUUUUGCUUUAUAUAAAAGGUUGUUUUACUAAACAUGAAAAAUUAUGUCAUGGGGUCAGUCAGUCUAGCAAGUUUUAAGAUGUCUAGAGAUGUUAAAAUGUUUAAAAUUGCUUGAAUAAUUAAAAAGCAUCUUUUUAAAAUUCUGAUGACAAUAAAUACCUAUUUAAUAUUAUACUGAAAAAGUUUAGGGAUAGUGUAGUUAUGUUCUAGUCAAAAUGUUUUAAUGCAAAGUGUUAGUGAUGGAUUGAUGUUCUUUAGUUAAAAUUGCUGCAAUAUAACUCAUUUAAAAGCACAACUAAUCUAUUCAAUGAAUGUUGUCUGAUAAAUGAAUGAAUAUCUAUAAGUAUAAUGGCUGACAGUAAUGUGUGUGACUAGCUUUGACAUUUAUUGUAUAGCUUAUCAAUUUUUUAGAUCAGAAUGAACACAAAGAUUUGUGUUCAUCAUAUUUAUAUAUUUGGAAUGAGGUAAAUUUUUUCCCUUAAGUAGUCCAUCAAAUAAUGUCUGGCCAGUUUUAUUAUUAGUGAGCAUUUGUAUGUUGUCUUCAAAAAAAUUAUCGCUUUCUCAGGUUGACUAUCUUUGAUUAUUUGUAAUGGAAAUGUAUAACUUGGUAUGUACAAGUUUAAAGGCAAUAUAAUAAUUUAUAUAAAAUCUAGGCAGAUAUGCCCUAGAUUAUUUUUAAAAUAUAUUUUGGGAGGGGUCUUUUUUUUAAUACAAAACUUUUGACAAUGUUCUAUUCAAGUAUAUCAUCCUAAGAUUACAGUGAUUUGUGUAAUUUUUGCUGAAGUACUGUGAUUACUGAACAAGUGUAUUGUUUAUUUAUUUGUUUUAAAUAAAGAAACCUAAUUAUGUCCUUCAGUACUUAAAGUCAGGGCCUACUCUCAAAUUCGUAAAACUUUUAAAAGAGUUUUGUUUUUAUUUUUAACAUAAAAAUUUACAAUUUAGUGUAUUUUGUUUAAAAAUACUCCAAUACUAGAGUGUAGAAGCUCAAUUUUAGAAAACAAAAUUUGUUAUGGGCAAUUAUCAUUUAUUCAUGAGUUUGUUUUGGGAGUAUGUGAUACCUUGUGCUUUAACUUCAAUUUAUUUAUAUUUUAGACAGAGAAGCCUGUAAAUAAUUAAGCCUCAUUUUUCAUUGUUUUAGCUACGUGUACAAUUUUCUUACUGCUGUAAAUGAACCGCCUAUUACUGUCUUAUCAUCUUUUAACUGUGUGGUUUUAGCUGAAAUGCAUGUCGAGUUAGGAUUUAAUACAUUUUUAGUACCUACUGGUAUUUCUAUUUGGUUGGAAUACAUUACCUUAAAACAAUGUAGUCAGAAGCUUUAGUUGUGAAUCAAGGGAAAAUUAUUGCAGAAUAAAUACUGCAUUUGCACAGGCAGUAUAAUUAAGUCAUUAAAAAAUUAGUGGGAAAAUAUUUAUUUAUUAAUAUUCAGUCUGCUGUAUUUUCAAGGUAUAAAAUGAUGUAUUUGAUGACCUAACUAAAUAACAAUGCACAAUUUUUAGACUUUUCGCAACCUGUUCACAAAAAAAAUGGGCAUUCAAAAUAUAGUAGGAACAGCCUUUAGGCCUUAUGCUUAAUGACUGUAAUACGCAAAAUAUGUAAGGGAAAUUUUUUUAAAAAUGGUAGUUUCUAUUUAAAAAAAAACAAAGAUAUUGAGGCUACUUUCAGAGAAUGUGUUCCAUUUAAAAGUCAGUGUUUUUUUUUCUGUGAGUAAUGUAAAUACUCUUGUAUUAGACCACUGUGAUGAAAUCUAGAGCUUGUGUGAUUGGUCAACUCAGGUCAAGUGAUUUACGACCUGGGGUUUUUGUAAAAAAAAAAAAAUGCUACUUUACAAUUCAAUAAAAUGUAUGUUGCUUUG